UAAAUGUCAAAUACAUUUUGUUUGCAAUACCCUUCCCAUUUUUUCCUACUAAACUUAUUCUCAAUAUUGAAUUAGAGAGCGAAAAGGUGAAAGUUAGGGAUAUUGAAUUGGAUAAUGGAGGGACUCAUUUCCCUGAAGUCAAGUCCUCGGACUUCGUUGCGCUCUUUUCCUUCCUUUAAUCAACCGCCCAAUUCCUUCGCCAGACGCUUCUCAAUGGACCUUCCACUCCGUCGCUCCAGUUUUCCCGCCAUUCGAGCUCAGCAGCCGGGGACGAUAUCCCCGAAAGAGGAAGAUGAGGAAGAUGCUUUGAAAGUAAAGGAAUGGGAAGUUGGAAUGUUCCAAAACGAAGUCGCAGCUAGUCAGGGUAUAAGAAUACGGCGACGGCCUCCGACGAGUCCCCCGUUGCACUACGUGGGUCCCUUCGAGUUCCGUUUGCAGAACGACGGCAACACUCCUCGUAACAUUCUCGAAGAAAUCGUUUGGCACAAAGACACGGAAGUUUCCCAAAUGAAAGAGAGGAAGCCUUUGGCUACAUUGAAGAAGUUUAUCGAGAAUGCACCUCUGACUCGAGACUUUGUUGGGGCUCUUAAGGCAGCGCAUUCGCGGACUGGAUUGCCUGGUUUAAUUGCUGAAGUUAAGAAGGCUUCACCUAGCAGAGGAAUUCUCAGAGAGGAUUUUGAUCCGGUUGAAAUAGCACGAGCGUAUGAGAAGGGUGGAGCAGCUUGUCUCAGUGUUUUGACUGACGAAAAGUUUUUUAAGGGAAGCUUUGAAAAUCUGGAGGCAAUAAGAAAUGCUGGAGUACAGUGUCCUCUACUGUGCAAAGAAUUUGUGAUAGAUGCAUGGCAGAUCUACUAUGCUCGAAUCAAAGGAGCAGAUGCAAUACUUUUAAUUGCUGCUGUUUUGCCUGAUCUUGACAUCAGAUACAUGGUUAAAAUCUGCAAGAUGCUUGGUUUGGCUGCACUUGUAGAGGUGCACGAUGAGAGGGAAAUGGAUCGUGUUCUCGGUAUAGAUGGGAUUGAACUUAUUGGUAUCAAUAAUCGAAACCUUGAGACAUUUGAGGUAGAUAUCAGUAACACAAAGAAGCUUCUUGAAGGAGAGCGUGGCCAACUGAUCCGUCAGAAAGAUAUAAUUGUAGUUGGAGAAUCUGGGCUAUUUACUCCAGAUCAUGUUGGGUAUGUGCAAGAAGCUGGUGUUAAAGCAGUUUUGGUUGGGGAAUCGAUAGUGAAGCAAAGCGACCCUGGAAAAGGAAUAACCGGACUUUUUGGUAAAGACAUUUCUUUGUGAGUUGUAACAAUAAGUCGGAUCGAGUACGGGUGUGCUUCUUGUAUCAGUUACUUUUCGGUAUUGGAACAGUUGUAUUAUAUGAAAAACAAUGCUAAACAUGAGUUAUUACUAAAUUAAUGACAUAAAUUUCAUGUAUCCUAUAA